UAAUAUGUUCAACUUGCCAUCUUAGCUUUAAAUAAUUUUUAGAAAGUUUUUAUUCGACAAUUUAAGUACUUUUACCAUGAAGAUAAAUUGGAAGACGUUUCCAAAGUUAUUUGUCGUGUUGCCUGUACUACACUACGCGCUCUCGUUAUUUAUGCAAUCCGAAUCCGAGGAGCACAAACGCAGAAAGGAGCAGGCGAAUGCAAAGGACGUGACUAUUGCGCGCUUAAUGCAGAACGAAGGACAGAAAUAGUACGCCAAGUGUGACACCCUGUAUAAAGAACUGCGAAAUUUUUUUGGCUGUGGUAAGGAAGUAAAUGCACACAAAUUACCCCCAGCCAAAAAGUUAUCGACAAGCCCGGACGACGACAGCAACAACAACGCAACGAAACGAAACGGAAGCAGCAGUCAAGGUGCAAAGCAAAAUCAUUACACCUGUUCCUUGACGAGGCGAGUGGCCAAUGUGAGUGAGUGUAGAAAGCGUAGAAAUCGAACCGAGAACCAGGCCGAGGAUGAGGCCGAGACGCGAAACGCUAACGCUCGAUAAUGCAAAGGGUUGAGCAACGCGUGCAGCCGCUGCAAAUGCCGCAGCUAGUGUCUUUGGGCUAGGGUUAAAUUUUUGGGCAUUGGUCACGCUGCACUUGCCACGCUGCGCUGUUGCAUGUUGCAGGCGACACAAAUACGAACAUUUCGCUAUCAAAAUUAAUAAAAAUAAAUGCGCUUCGCUCCGAUGCGCUGCCGUUAAUGAGCACGCAGCCAAAU